UGUGACCAGAGCGCUAUUCACAAGCUGCAGCAUCGCUUCAUCUCAGCGUUUCACUUCAUCGACCAAGCGCUUUUCAACUAUCCGAUCACCGAGCACCAUGAGCAGAUCUACAGACUGGAUUCCUGGCCUAUGGCUGGACACCUUUAAUGAUUUGCUGUAUGAUGACAAUGAGCUGGACUAUGGAGACCAGUGGACUCUCAACUUUAACUACUCUCAGACAGACCAAGUCACCAAGGAGGAGAGGAAGAAAGGCUGGAAGGUCUACUGCUGCAGAGCCUUUGGAGAUUUCAAGUGUGCAUCCUGCUCCAAGACCUGGCCCUCAGCACGGGUGGUGGUGUUGUUCCGUUACCGGCUGCGGAGUGACCGGGGGACGGUGAUCAUGCGGCCCUUUGGUCAGGCCUGCCGCAGUUGCAAAAACAACAUGUUUGAGCUCCCUGGUUUUUCAGACAAAGAGGUGGAACAGGCCUUGGUCAGGCUCUUUUCGAAGAUCCGGAAGAAUAUCUAUGGGGAGGAUGACGACGAUGAUGGUGGAUCGUCAGCCUCCUCUAACAAAGUGUGGACCAAACCACAUGAGAAGACCCUGUGUCAGGCCUGCAUUAUGGGCAUUUGCACUCAGGAUAAUGACUAGAAGUCUUUGUGUGUGUGUGUGUGUGUGUGUGUGUGUGUAUGUGUGUGUGUGAGAGAGAGAGAGAGUGAGAGAGAGAAAUUGAGAGGAAGUGGCUUAGUGUGUGUGUGAGGUGCAGAGGCUAGAAGUCUGACAGGUAACUUAGCUGAGAUGCACAUAUUCUUUAUUGCUAAUAUUUUGUUUACUUUGUUCAGUUCUCUUGGUAUUUAAUUUUGAAGUUAAUUGUCUAUAAUGGCAAUGUUACACCGUCAGGAUAAGCAUGUUAAAGAAAAUAUUUGAAUUUGCAUAUUUUUUGUACUUUGUGGUUAUUAAUAAAGUGUUAGUGUGACCACACAUUUGU